AUGGCUCUUGUUCUGGGUGUAUACUGUUACCCAAUGCCACCACAUGCAACAUUCGAUGAUCUCACCAUUUUCGAUCAGCGGCCAAACCUUCCAGUUGAACACAACAUUUCACGCGUCAACAGGAUAUCAGUGGACUCUGACGAUCGUGGUAGCUUCAACAGACCAUUGCAAGGAUACAAACCCGACGCACAAUCUGCAGUCGCACGGGCGGAACGCUACGAUGAUGCGACACCGAUCGACGUAUUUAUACCACUGCCUCCUGAACUCUGGCAACAAAUCGUUCUUCAUCUCGAUCUGUGGGACGUCUUGAAGCUGGUAUUGGUUUCAUUGAAGUUAUACCGUGAAGGUACAAAUCUCCACCAUGGCCUCGUAGGCCUCGGUCAUCACUUGGCCGCGGUUUCCAAAGAGAUGCCAAAGAAUCCGCACUGUAUACUUAUUAGUGCUUCUUUCUCUGCUGCGCGAGCCUCCGGCAUUACUGCUACUGUGUUUGUCGGGCAGGAUGCGACCCAAAAGAAGCUUACCUGGGGUUAUAUCACCGUUUCAGGCACGGCCCAGCCUGACGCCGCGGACGAAUAUCGCACUGGAAAAUGGCUUUGA